AUGAAGGGUGCCAAAGAAACUCUCACUACUCUCUCAGGGAGGUGUUCCUACCACCGAGGGAAGCAUAAAAAGGCAGGCACCCCCCGACAGCCUAAAAGAAGUAGUAGGACUACGAAUUUGAAAGCCAACAAAUCUGAAAUUACAAAGCAAGCGGUCUGGCAGCUUGGAUUAAUUAGGAAAAGAUCUGUCACUCCAGCUAACCAGAAAAAUCAGGAUAGAAGUAAAUCAAAGCAACUGUUCGACUAUUUAAUUGUUAUUGACUUUGAAUCAACAUGUUGGAAUGAUGGGAAGAGCCACUACAGCCAGGAAAUAAUCGAAUUUCCAGCUGUCUUGUUAAACACAUCAACUGGAGAGAUUGAGUCUGAAUUCCAAUCCUAUGUUCAACCUCAGGAGCAUCCAAUUCUUUCCGAAUUUUGCAUUGAACUGACAGGCAUAAAACAGGCUCAAGUUGAUGAAGGCGUUCCACUGAAGAUUUGCUUAUCUCAGUUCUGGAAGUGGAUUCAGAUGAUUCAACUGAAGAAGAAAAUUAUUUUUGCUCCAGGGAUUUCAAACCCUGCAACAUCAGAAGUCAAAUCAUGUUCAUUUGUUACUUGGUCAGACUGGGAUCUGGGAGUUUGUUUGGAAUACGAGUGUAAAAGGAAGCAACUACGCAAACCUGAGAUCUUGAAUUCCUGGAUUGAUCUCAGGGCAACUUACAAGCUUUUCUACAUGAGGAAGCCAAAGGGGCUAAGUGGGGCUUUGCAAGACCUAGGAUUAAAGUUCUCAGGACAAGAGCAUUCUGGACUGGACGAUUCCAGGAAUACUGCCCAUCUGGCUUGGAGAAUGAUCAGGGAUGGUUGCAUAAUGAAAAUCACUAAGUCUCUGAACCCGGUACACCCAAAGAAGAAUUCCAGUUGCUUUGCUAAAGCUUUAACUGUGAACCAGGACAAAGAUACUGCUAGAUUCAAGAAUGGAGUGCACACUCCCAGCCUGGAUGGGGGUUGGGUCAGCAACUCUUUGGAUGACAAAGAACCUACAUUUGGUAAAAAUAAUAUAAGGUCUAAUGGAAGAGUUCAGAAAGGGAUCACCUCUUCUCCAAAGUCCCUUCGAGAUCCGCCAUUCUCCAGCAUAAAGAUGGGGAAAUACGAUGAAGUUCCAAGUCCUUUAUCGUUUCACAUUAAUGGACUCUCUGCUCCUUCCGGAAAGUUGCAGCCUGCUAACUCAAGUUCCCCGAUGAUCUUUCAAAAUCGAAUUAAAAAUGGACAUCUCACAUCUACUCCCAAGUAUAAUUCUUCUGCCCUCGGUUCAGAGUUAGUGUUGGUGCCUACCACCGUUUCAACCAUUGGCAACAUCUCUGAUAUGGAUAUAAGUCUUAGUCCUGAUACUUUGUCCGUGUUGGCUAACUGGGAAGAUAUAGCUUUAAUGCCAGACUCACAAGUCAUUAAAAGUUCAGACUCUGGGCAAACCCCAGAUGACUCAAAUCAGGGGACUUCAUCAAGCCUUGAGAAGACCUCAGUGGUUUUAAAGGAGUCUGCAGUGGCGAAUUAUAAGAACUUUGACAAUUUAGGAAUGACAGUAAAUUGUGAGACCCCUCAAUCUGUUGCCUACAAAAGCCCUCAUACAACUAUUUAUAAUGUAAAAAAAGCCAAGAACCAGACAUUAAAUGGCAUAACUUUUAAGGUACCUAAAACAAAGGCAAAUGAUUUGAGCCUUUUACCAAAUCUAUCCAAAUCAGAGAAUCAAUCUCAUGUCUGUGAACUUUCUAAAAGGAAACCUUCCAGUCCCCAAACAUUCCCACCAGCUAAAAAGCAGUCCUUCACUCUUCACGAUGAGAGAGUUUCAUCAACUGAUCGGCCCCGCACACUGAGAAGUUGUAGCAAUUGUAAAGUGUCCCCUUCUGUCCUGUCUUCCAUCACGAAUCUCCAGGAGCCUCGGAAGACCACGAGUGACAGAAUGACACCUCCCCUAUGUAAUUGUGGCCGGAGGGCUAAGAGACUCAUUGUUUCUAAUAACGGCCCAAAUCAUGGAAAAGCCUUCUACAGUUGUCCUGUGGGGAAAUCCAAAGGAAAUGGAAAGAGCUGCAGUUACUUCAAGUGGGAAAAUACACUCCAAAAGGACAGAGCCAAUAGCUCUAUCUUGUCUCUUUCCACCAACAGGUUCAGUGUUAGUUCUCCUGGAACAAACCUCAAUUCUUCAGGAAGUUUACAUUUUUCUCCUAAAAAAAGCUUAGGGCUCCGGCCUUCCAUGAGGACGUGAGUUGCAUGUCUUUCCUGUCCAACCUUGCUCUUCAUUAAACUUCAUAAAAGUGAGAGGCACCUAGCAGACGGCUUCAUGAGGCAAUUCACCCCCAGUGUGGUCAGAGGGAUGUCCUCUGAGUUGCUUUCAUCUGGAAAGUGGAAACUGGUUAGCUCUAAAAUGAUGGAGAAAAAUUCUGGAAGCUACAGUUGGAAACAAGGAAUUGCCGGUAAAGACUUCUAGUUUCAACUCCAACUCUGGGCCAAUUUAGUCCGUGAUUGAACUUACCAAUUCUCUACCUUAAAAUUUGAAGCGGGUGAAAGGCGUCUGCCGGGUAAAAGGCGUCUACCGUUCACAAGCAAGAGCCAGUCUGGACCAGGCCAGGUUCACACACUCUGUUCAACUUCCAAAACCUUCCUUUCAAGAUCGUAUCGGGCUCGGGGUGCUAAGAUUCAGUGGGUAGCUGAGCUACGAAUGGCCACGGAUCAACUUCCACAUACGCUUGGCUGUUCCAGUAGGUAACUAGGUAACUGGAGCAGCCCACCAGAACAAACCCGAGCCCACAAAUGAAUGAAUCUAGCCCCACUUGGCUCCAGGCUAGACCCAGACAUUAAGAUGGAACAGUGAAAAUUUAGCCCAUGCAGGUCCCAGGAUCCUGGGUACUGCCUUUUUGAUUGUAUUGGGUGUGCAUGGUGAUUUUUAAAAUUUGCUGCCUGGGCACAACUUUCUGGAGGCACCCCUGAAAUCUUCCAGUUAGGAAGUGUUGCAACCCCCUGGUUGGGAAGCAUGGUUUUAAGGCACUCUGAAGAUCCUGAAUGUGGAGAUAAUGAUGUGAUCACUAUUUCACAUAUUAGACAUAUUGAUUUUUUCUUUAACCAAUUCAUAAAGAGUCAGAUUACCAAGAUAUUUGUGUCAUGAAGCUAUCAUGAAAUGUUCAUACGAUCUGUGUUUAUGACCAUAGAUAUUUUACAGUAACACCAUAUAGUACGUAUGUUUUCAUUCUCAAAAUUAGAAUCUGAAUCAAUGAAAUUUUAAAGCACAUUUUUUAUUAAUAAAAUAAAUUUAUAACUGAUGACAAUGCUUAUUUUUAUUUUUUAAAAGUGGUAACCCACUGACUGACGUAUUUCUUUAAUGUAUAGUAAAUUAAGAGUUACGGGAGCAAUUUAAAGGUUUUC